UGAAUUGAAUUUGCCGGUUGCCGCCCCUUGUUUUCUUUUUCUUUUUCUUUCUCUUUCUUCUUCGACGAUCCCUAUGUAUUAACCCUAUAAAAUGCUCUUCACCAUUUCUUUUAUUUCCAAAUUUCAUCGACCUUGAUUCUUGCAUUCCUUAUAUGGCUUCUCUUCUUCUUCUGUUGUCAGCUCUUGUUCGACCCAAGAAUCCAAAUCUUGCUUUUUCAACAGCGGCUUCCUCUUCUCUUGCCUCUUCUUGUGCUGGUGCAUUUUCUUCUUCCCAUUCCAAAAGGCCAGUUCUGACGAAUGACACCAAGAAAUACGAGUCAGAGAUCUUAGCUGAAGACCUGCAGGAGCCUAAGUUUUCUAUCGAUCUGUCUUGGCCUUGACUGCAACAACACAAUCAUCAGUGCUGAAUCAAAAUUUAAGUUUAGAUUUAGCAGCAGAAGUUUGAAUUUCAUUUGUCAUGGCAAUGCCCAGAAUACCUCUGGCUACAGAGAUUCUCUGUUUCCUGUAGUUAAUUUGAUUUUCAUCUUCAUGUACAUAUAUGUAGGCAAUUAUACCCAGCUAUUGUCAUCAUUCGUGUUCUUCAUUUGAUGAUUUUUCUAAUAUUCCAUGGGCAUGGGCCAUCCAAUUAAUCCCCAAGCGGCUGACUUAAGAAGUACCAAGAGAAAAUCGGACUUAUUUGAAUUAAAAUAUGAGUUUAAUUGACAAAGUUUUUUGAAUUAAAAUUAUUUGAACCGUAAGAUUAAUCGGACUUAUUUGCAUUAAAUAGUUAGAUUGUUUGAAAAGAUAAAAACACUAUGUGUUUAGAAAUAGAGUGACCAAAUGAUUAAUUUUAUUAGACUAUAGGGUGCAAAUAGUAAUUUUAACCAAAAUUUUAAGGGUUAAAUAUAAAAAGUGUUAAGUGAAUUUGUAUUAAGGGGAAAAAAUCCAUAUUGUAUAAUCUGCCCACGAUUUUCCGCUGCGCUGCGAUUCCCGUGCCGGGAAAGACACGCCAAAGGCCACUCCCUGAUCCCAAACUUCCUAACGUGAACGUUACCUGCUCCACGCCAUUGUUUUCUUUGCCAAACGAAACUUCGCGUGAUUCCUAUUAUUGCCAAAAAUGCUUUCUCUGUUCUCUCCAUUUCCCUUGUUUUCUCUGUUUCGUCCACCGCCGCAGCCACCAUGCGUCCGCAGUUAUCGAGCGCCACUCUAAUACUAACCACAAAAACCCACAUUAUGGCCUUAGAUGGAAUCGUUAACGUGAACUCUUUAUUCACUUUAGCGCUUUUUCUUGGUCUCGCUUGGUAUCCUGCUCCUGACCCCUCAAUCACCCUUGUCACUGAUCCUUCCUGCGCUGCUAGCUCCUCUAUCGCUGAGGAUCUCAUCGCCUUCCAUGUGUACUCCUUUAGCUCUUUCCUCUUCUCUAGCCUCAUUGCUUUAGCCCUCAAGCAGGCUAUCAAGAUAGCAGAUAAAAACGACAAUAAUAUUGUUAGUUUUGAGGAGGUGGGAAGUGCGUCCCUGGUGCAUGUUAACUUGGCGGCUCUAAGGGUGGGGACUUUGAUUUCUGGGUUUGGGUCUGUUUUUGGAUGUGGGUUUUUGAUGAUGGCUUUAGUGGACUUGGUGCAGAUAAAGUUGGGGACUUUGGCUUGUGGGAGUUUGUAUACUUUUGCUGCAAUCGGUCCUUUGGUGAUAUUGGUUCCUUUCGCCUUAGUAAUCUAUGUUUUUCUUAUGAUUUAUUCAUUUACUCGCUAGAGUUUUUUG